UCGGGCCCAGCCUUCGCUCGUGGGCGCUGGCGGGUGGGCUCCGCGCUCCCGACGUGCUGCGCGCCGCCAGGAUGGGGCCGUCGCCGCGGCCCCGCCGGCGCCUGCUGCUGCUGGCGCUCGGGUGCUUCGCGGUGCUGCUGGCGCCGCCCGGCGCCGCCGAGUUCAGCCCCUCGCUGGACAGCGACUUCACUUUCACGCUUCCCGCUGGCCGCAAGGAGUGCUUCUACCAGCCCAUGCACAAGGGCGCCUCGCUGGAGCUCGAGUACCAGGUUCUAGAUGGAGCAGGAUUAGAUGUUGAUUUUCAUCUACUGUCUCCAAAAGGGGAAACUCUAGUUUUUGAUGAAAGAAAAUCAGAUGGAGUUCAUACGGUGGAAACAGAAGAUGGGGAUUAUAUGUUCUGCUUUGACAAUACAUUCAGUACCAUUUCUGAAAAGGUAAUUUUCUUUGAACUGAUCCUGGACAAUAUGGGAGAAGACAGAGAAGAUCAGGAAGACUGGAAGAAAUACGUUACAGGCACAGAUCUCCUAGAUAUGAAACUGGAAGACAUUCUGGAAUCCAUCAACAGUGUCAAAGCCAGAUUAAGCAAAAGUGUCCAGAUUCAGACCCUGCUUAGAGCAUUUGAAGCCCGUGACAGAAAUAUACAAGAAAGCAACUUUGACAGAGUGAAUUUCUGGUCCAUGGUCAACUUGGGAGUAAUGGUGGUGGUAUCAGCUGUUCAGGUUUACAUGUUGAAAAGUCUCUUUGAAGAUAAGAGGAAAAGUAGAACUUAAUAUUCAGUAUGAUCAUAAUGUAACAGGCAUGGGGGGAGAGGGGAAGCAAUGAACUACUACAGUGAAUUAAGGAGGUAAGGACCUUUCAGAUUGUUUUGAACAGGCAGUAGACAUCAGGUUUUCAAUUCAUGUUGGGCUUUUUGGUUUUGAGCAUGUUUUUUCCUGCUUAAGAUGAACAGAAUGCUUUGCCCCAACCUUUUUCAUUUUUGUAAGUGCUACUAACCACAUUUGGGUUUUUGUACUUGUAGCAUUUGUUAAUGACCAAUGUAUGCAUAAUGGAAAUGAUGCUUGGUGCUUCUGCAAAGUUAUAUCCAUGCUAUUUUCAUCAUGUUCACAAAAAGUUUAGAGGGUAACUUAGACAUUAGUUUAUUUGCUGUUAACUGUUAAUUUACAUCUGUGCCUAAGUGUUUACAGGAUUGGUGCCCACAGGGUUAAUCUGUAGUUACUGUCAUUUAUCUUAAAAGUUAGGUGUUUUUAAAAAUGCUCAGCUUUUGGUGUGUGGAAUCGUGGAGAAACGCUGGGCUGACGUUCCGAGAACAGAACAAGAACUUUUUUUAUAUACACAUGACUAACAUCGGCACUUUAAAAAAAGCACCAUCAAUGUGAAAUUCAAUGUUGAAAAACAUUGGAGAAAAUAGGUUCAAUUCCUGUUCCUAAACCUUUGUCCUGUAGUUGCACCAGUUUUUCUUUUUGGCCGUUAAGUGACAUUCAAGUGACACCAGACUAUGUGGUAUACAAACAUGCACACACACUCCCCUCGAAGUAUAGUUUGCAAACUCACUUACUGUAGUCUCAUGAAUUAGGUGAUUGUUAACAAGUCAUUUUUUUCAUGUUGUUUCCCUUUAAUAAAGGGGAGGGGUGGUGGUGGUUGCAUUACCUUACCAUUAAUUGUUGUAGUCUCACCAUUCCUGGCAUGCACCAAUUUAUUUAUUAGUUUCUGACUACUACAGCUAUGACUAAUGUAGCAGUUAAUAGGGUAACUGCCAUAGGGAUGAAAAACCAAAGCUGUUCACCUAAACUUUCCCUUUUUACCCACCCUCACCAGUCUUUUCAUGAAGUACACAGUACAGUGCUUCUGUAUCUAGCUCUUUACACAGUUUUUGAACGACAAGUACAGCCUACAGAUUUGACAACGAACUGCAAAGUUAUCCUUAGUAAUUUCCAGAUCAAGUGGCUUUUGACACCAUAGUAAGCAUAUGGAGAAUUUUUGCCAAAAACCCUGCUGUGUAUGUGAGAACUAACUGUUUAAUAGUUCAAAGUUAAUAAUUUUUAGUGUGCCAAGUCACUGAAAUUUCCUUUAUAAAUGCAUUAAACUACAUUUCAUCAUGAAAGUGUUUUUUAAAGCACAUACUUUUAAGGGUUUUAUAAAAACCCCUAUGUAUUGGUGUCCUGCCUGUCGUUAGGUCACCUGGGUAUGAAGAGCAGGAUUGCAACUUGGAGAUUUUCUGGAUAUAGAAGAGGGUCAGCAGAUACAGGAAGAAACACUUUGUUCAAAUGAAGCAGAUGCCAGCAAGGGCUACAUCUCAUUGAAACAGCACUUGAACUUCAGACAGUGGGACCUAGCAAUAAUAUUUAUAAUGAGUUUUUACAAGCAAAAGUAUUAUUCCUUACAUAACUUGUUACAGAUGAAUGUAAAGGCUGUUGAGCUACUUUUACUUCCCAAAUUCAGGUGGUUUCCCUGUAGAGUUCUGCAUCUUCUUUUUCCACUUGAUGCUUUCUCUUCUCACCUGUCUGGAAUUGUAAAGCUUCUCUCUCUAAUCACGACAAAGUCUAAGAAAAAUUAAUUACUUCUGCUAGAGCGGCAAAUAAUGUUUUUCUGCCAUUUCCCUGUACAUCUCCCAGUACCAAGUUAUUUACAUCAGGGCAUGAGCCAAAGCUCAGUGAAGUCAACUUCCAAGGUUUUCAUCAGGUCGCUUCAGGACAGGCAAAGACUAUGAGGGCUCUGCCCCUUUUGUUAGAAAAGGAAAUCUGUCGUCCCUUGCAUCACCCUGACUGUGAUGCUAUAAACCAUCUGCAAGACCCCAAACCAGCUAUGUGAAGCUGUGACUAUGAUAUACACCUCUUACAUCAAAGCUACUAGAUUCUAGAUUUCAGCUUAGACCUCCAACAGAUGAGCUCUGGCAAGUUUUCCGAGGGUACCUCCAGGGAUUAGAUUCCCCAGCUGCUCAGCUGUGCUCCUCUGACACUAGUUACACUCUGAUGAAAGAGGAGACUGUGGCAGAUUCUCCCAUUACACACUUCAGUCUGUGGUAGGAGGAAAGUAAUGCAAGACUUGUCAGCAGAUUGCAUCUGGAAAAAAUGUUAUAAUUAAGAAUUCUGACAAUAUUUUCUCCCCAUUUAAGGUUCAUUAGAGAAAACAAAACAAGCAAUAACUAUAAAGGUAACUGUGCUUGGACUGUUUAUCACAGGUGAAGGAUUUGGCAGUUAAACUUGCAGCCUAAAUAAAAUUUCAUUUGGAUUUUGAAGAGUAGAUUGCUGUUGAUUACACAAAGUUUACAAAGGAGAACAUAAAACUAAAUUUCUUUUUCUUAAUGGAUUUUUUUACUCAGAAUUAAAUGUUUUCAGACUUGCAGAUGUUAAAUAAAAUUCUGAAAAACUGAGAUUUUCAAUAAAUGAAGUUUAAACCUG